AUGUGUGAUUGUGAAGCAUCCGUAUUCAACAGUGGUAUCGCUAUCGAUAGUACUUGUGACUGCCCGGAGCGAUUCAAGUACCAGUCCACCAGUCUUGGACAAGCCGUCGAGAUAGUGCAUCUCGUUGACUCACGCAGCCAAGGACUGAAAAACACUCGCCGGAAAAGUUCUCCUAAACCAGGAGUUGAAGUGCGCAGUGCAGAAACUUGCCCAUGUUUGUGGCAGCAACCGACGAACAGCCUGUUUCGUAUUCAUGUCUACUAUGCCAGUCUACUAGGUGGCCAAUACAUGCAUACAGUAGGGCCAGAAUUUAAUUGCAGAGCUUUCUUCUGGUACACCAAGUGCCGCAACACCCCAAAUCGCUUGAUGGAGUGCCCUCAGCUGGAGCAAUCUUCAGAAGUAAGCUUCGAAGAUCGCAUAACGCUAUCCGGCUACACAGAGGGCAAUUAA